AAAGAAGUCUUUACGGGAAUAGCUUUUGUGUUAUCAGUUGUACAAGUUUAUUUUUAAUUUUUUUUUUACCACAGAUCUUUAUAAUAGCCGGUUAUUGUCUGACUUCUCACCAAUAAUAAUACAACAAUUCUGGGCAGCUAGUAGAGCGGACUGGUGAUAGCAUGGAGAAGAAAAGGCCAAAGCCUGCAGAUGGAAGCAAUCCGUUUGAAGGGAUGAAGAUCGCUUCCCAUGAUGUCUUAGCUGAUCUGAAGCAACGUUCAAAGUGUUCUCUGUGUAAAGCAUCAAGGAAAUACUUCUGUUAUACCUGUUAUGUCCCUGUGCCUGCACUGAAAGACAAGAUACCAUUCGUGAAUUUGCCUGUCAAAGUCGAUAUCAUCAAGCACUCGAGGGAGGUGGACGGGAAGAGCACAGCCAUACAUGCAGCCAUCUUGGCUCCGGACGAUGUCAACAUAUAUACCUUCCCAGACAUGCCGAACUAUGAUAAUCCCUCAGAAAAGGUGGUUCUUGUCUACCCCAGCAGUGGUGCAGUGUCCUUAGAAGAACUUAAACAGAGACAAGCCAAAGAACUCGAUACAACCAAGAAGGACAAUAAAGAUAUCAAGGAUUCAGAUGGUCAGACUAGCAAUGCAUCAGGGUGUCCUUUCCAGAGGGUAAUCUUCAUUGACUGCACGUGGGAUCAGACUUACCAGAUCUGUAAGGAUGAACGUCUCUCAGGCCUUCAAUGCGUUGUCGUAAACGACCGGAAAACUUGCUUUUGGAGGAGUCAGCGGAAACCAGACACCUACCUUGCUACAAUUGAAGCCAUCUACUACUUCAUGGUCGACUACCAGAAGACAUUCCUUCCGGAGGAUGUGGGUUGCUAUGACAACCUCCUCUACUUCUACAGCUUCAUGUACGACCUUGUGCAUCAGAAUGAUGGGAGAGAUGUUAAGCGCAAGAAAGAGGAGAAUGGGUAAGGAAAGGAGUGCUGUUCUUCGAAAGCCUCGGAACUGCAGCCGAUCUGAGUUUGAUGGUCAAAUUGUCUUGAGCCAAACAAGAUGGGAACGAGGAGA